CACAAAAAAAUCCUUUUGCAUUCCCGAGCCAGUCGAGUUCAGAGAGCGAGUGAUGGACACUCUCCUUUUCCACUGCCCGCCUUCCCCACCACCGCCGUCGUCCAUGGCCAACAAGCGCCCCUGCCCCUCCUCCUCCUCCUCCUCCUCCUCCUCCCCCCACAGUCCUUGCCGCCUCUCCCCUCUCGAUCAGAUCGAUAACCUCUUCGACACCUUCCUUUCCCUCUCUGACUCCUCCCCUCACUCCAUCGACCUCUCCUUCGACCGCCUCCUUGACUCCCGCCCUUCCGACGCCGAUCAGUCCCUCCUCAUCGACCAGGCCCUCCGCCUCGGCUCCGCCGUCCUCGAAGCUGCCAAGCGCUCCGCCAGGAAGCGUGCCUCCAAGCACAACUCCCUCUCCUGGGUCCUACCCCCUGAUCUCACCAUUAAGGUGUUUUCAAUGCUUGACACGCAAAGCCUUUGUUACGCUGCUGCUACAUGUUCAAUGUUCAACAAGUGCGCCAUGGAUCCUUUAUGUUACACCAACAUUGACCUGACAACAGUUGUUCCUAAGGUCAAUAACGCUGUGGUGUCAACCAUGAUACAAAGAGCUGGAAAAGCCAUGCGGUCAUUGAAGCUUGGUCUAGUUCCAGGUCCAGCUUCCUCACCAGGACCUUGUCAGCAAUUAGUUUAUACGAUAAGGAAUUCUGUGGAUGUCUCUAAUUUUUCAUGGAACGAUAAGAAGACCAGGCAGGGAAAGGAAUCACCUAUUCUGACCCGAACAUGCUUGAGCCCUUUAAUAUGUGAUGGUGGGAGUGUUGGGACCCUGCUUAGAAGGUUGCAUCUGUACAACAUUGAUCGUAUGGACAGUGUGUCGCUCUGCAUGGCAUUAUCUGCUUGCCCAGCUCUAUGUGAUCUUGAAAUUGUUGGCCUUCAUGUUGAGUUGAGGCAAAUCUUGAGUUCCGUGAGCAAAUACUGUCACUUGAUAGAGCGUUUGUUCUUGGAAUCUUCAAAAACAGGUAGAGAUGACAGUUUGAAAUCACCAACCUGUGUUGAUCUAGUCAACAGUUGUCCCCAUCUGACUUCCUUGUCCCUAAGAGGGUUUAAGCUGCAUGACUGUAAAGUCAGGACGCUGGUUAAGGGAUUUCGAAAGCUAAGAUAUAUUGACUUUUCCACCUCAUAUUCAAUCACAGGAAACUUUUUAAGGAAUAUUGGUAGCACUCCAAGUGGAAAUCUACUGGAACUGGAGGUUUUGAUUUUAAGGGAUUGUAUGCAUCUCAAAGAGACAGAGGUUUCUCAGUUUCUGUCUGCUGCUCUUGCGGGAGAUUUCAAGUUUCUUAGAUAUGUUGACAUUUCUAAUAGAGAAGGCUUAGCUUUGGAAGGUGACUGGUACAAUCGAUGCUACUCUGCGACAGCCCUUCCUCUAAGGGAGGUAGCUUUAGAGAGGCCUGACAUCUGUUUGCUAGCUGAAUUCCCAUCAGAAAGUUUCAUUGAUGUGGAACAAAUGAUUGAGAGUGACCUAAAUACUGAGCUAAGCCUGCCAUCGCAGCUGAACGGUCAUUUAUCUGAUAGUUCGAUAUUCAUAAGUUCGUCGGAGAGCAGCUACCACAGUGACCACGGUAGUGGAAACGAGGACAGUCAUGAUUCAAAUUACAUUCUUUAUGAAGAAAGUUCCGACGAGGUGGACUUCUUGGCUGUAUAGAAAAAGCUUGACCAUGGCAAAGUAUUGGAAAAAGCACUGGCCAACGAGAAUGGAUGCCUUUUUUUCUGUUGCAUCAUCCAAAAGACUCACUGGCUCGUGUAAACUGGAUUCACAUCUCAAAUGCCAUUUUGUUUUUCUCGAGCAACCGGUGGCUCUCAAGUGAUCCCGUUGUAUCCUUCCCUCUCCACAGUAUGCAAAAGAGCAAAUAACUUUGCAGAAUUCCUUUGCUCUCUUCCUCUGGCUCCCCAGCUGCAAAACAAUCGAUAAUCUGCACCAUUAUCAUUGGGACUCAAGGACUGAUGAUGGUCCUUGAUCAAUUGGUAUCUCGGCUUUUGUAAGUAAUUUUGGUCUGAAAUUGGAUUGGUUUGGCGAUGAGGUAUCAGCUACUGGGAGCCUGGAAUGGUGUUGAAUAUGUCAAUGAAGGCAAAAUCUUAAAUCGUCUUUCCUCACACUCAUCAUGCCAUAUUAUGAAAUUAAGCACAUUCCGUUAUUGACUUCUCUCUGGAAUUGUAUGACUUGCUCUGAGAUUGGAAUUAUUGGUGGUGGGAGUGACCCCGUCUGCAUAAAAUCCCAGCUUGAAAGAUUAGUCGGGAUUCACAUCACUGUUACUUAGUUCCUAGUCAAGUCUCGUUUGGUCUAGUUAGUCCACUUGACUAGCACCAGCAUAUAAUUUCGUCUCUGUAAGCCGAGUCAUGGCACAUUAUUACCUGUUCCUUGUCCUUAUUAGGGUCGUGGGACAGCAUGAAACGAUAUAUAACAACCAGAGGGCCUGGGAGAUGGAAAUUAUUAAUGGCAACAAUGCCCUUCCUUUCA